CGGACAGUUGCCGGAUGCCCAAGCUCUUUUUCUCUCAAAUUCUUUCCAUAUAAAAUCGAAACAGCUUUGAAGUUGAAAAUUUGAUGAAGUAAUGGAGGAGCAAAUUUCAAACACUGAAACUGAGUGCCAAUUCAUGGAACAUGAUUCUACUGUUGUUUUUAAGAAGAUCAAACUACAUGAAGCUGUUGCUGAAGGCUCAUUAGAUUUUGAUGAGUGGAUUUCACUUAUAUCAGAGACGGAGAAGACAUACCCUGAUAACAUAGAGAAAAUAUGUUUAGCGUAUGACUCUUUCUUGUCCAAGUUUCCUCUGUGCUAUGGCUAUUGGAGGAAGUAUAUUAAUCACAAGAUACGCUUAUGCACUGUUGACAAGGUUGUUGAAGCCUUUGAACGAGCUGUGUUAUCGGCAACUUAUUCUGUUGAUAUGUGGAUUGAUUAUUGUAAUUUUGGGAGAAUGGUUUUUGAAGAUCCAUCUGAUGUUCACAGAUUAUUCAGAAGAGCCAUAUCCUUUGUUGGAAAGGAUUACUUAUGCCAUAUCUUGUGGGAUAAAUACAUCGACUUUGAGUUCUCUCUGAAGCAUUGGAGUUCCCUGGCUGACAUUUACAUCCAAACAUUGAGGUUUCCAACAAAAAAGCUACAUCACUAUUAUGAUAGUUUUAAGAAAUUAGUGGAAAUUUGGGAAGAAGAGAUGGAAUCUCAUAGCAAUCCUAGCAUGACAACAUCAGUAGAGCCUAUGCUUGAUAAUGAAGUUUCUAUAUGCUAUAGCCAAGAUGACAUUUCUUGCAUAAUUAAAGACUUGCUGGAUCCAUCGAUUGGCUCAGCCAGGUUUAAAGCGCUGCAGAAAUAUAUGUCUAUUGGUGAACAGUCCUUUCAGAAAGCAUCCCAGUUGAAUGAAAAAAUAAGUUAUUUUGAGACCCGAAUUAAGAGGUCUUAUUUCCAUGUCAAACCACUUGAUGUCAGUCAAUUGGAAAAUUGGCAUCACUAUCUGGACUUUGCUGAAUUGCAUGGAGAUUUUGACUGGGCUGUUAAACUUUAUGAAAGAUGCUUAAUUCCUUGUGCUAAUUACCCUGAGUUCUGGAUCCGUUACACGGAGUUCGUGGAAAGUAAAGGAGGAAGAGAGAUAGCACACUAUGCACUGGACCGGGCUACACAAAUCUUCCUGAAGAGGGUGUCAGUGAUUCAUCUGUUCAAUGCCAGGUUUAGGGAGCGCAUAAGGGAUGAGUUUAAUGCACGUGCUGCCUUUCUUCAAUGUGAUACAGAAUCAGAUUCAGACUUCGUUGAAAAUGUUGUAAUGAGAUCUAACAUGGAAAAACGUCUGGGAAAUUUCAUUGCAGCUUCUACUAUAUACAAUGAAGCAAUUGAAAAGGCUGCAGCGAAGGAAAAGUGGCAUAUUCUUCCUACUUUGUAUGUUAACUUUUCUCGACUUAAACACAUGACUAAUAAUAGUGAAGAUGCUGCUAGAGACAUCUUGAUAGAUGGAAUCAAGCAAGUGCCUUACUGCAAGUUACUUAUAGAGGAAUUAAUAAAAUUUGGAAUAACACAUAGAGGAUCAAGUCAUCUAAAUGUGAUAGAUGCCAUUGUAGCAAAUGCAAUAUCUCCAAGGCCAGGUGUAUCUCAAGGUUUCAGUGCAACAGAAAGGGAGCAAAUAUCAAAUCAAUACCUAGAGUUUGUUGACCUCUGUGGAACCAUCCUUGAUGUAAGGAAGGCCUGGAAUCAGCACAUUAGAUUGUUCCCGGAGUCUGUAAGGGCUAGUUUAUUUUGUCCAGCUAUGGGAACAAAACAAUGGAAGAUAACUCUGGAGACGCAUGAAGAAACCCAUGUCAGUUUGCCCCAUCAGCCUUCUGGAGAUAGCGGUUCUCAGUGCCUGACCCAGACACCACUGCAAGACAAGAAACUGUCCCCACUGGAAAAUCACGAUACCCAGGCUGCCCAUCCUGCCACUGACCAGGUCUCAGACCAGAAAUUGCCCUUAUUGGAAAAUCAUGAUAUGCUAUCAAAUAAGGUAUCAGACCAGGAAUUACCAUUGCUGGAAAAUCCCAAUGACCUAUCUGACAAAAAUCAGGAGAGUGUGUUUCAGGCAAAAGUUGACCUGCUUCAAUCGGGAGAACCUGACAACAAUGUGAAUGAGAGUGUGCACAUGGUGUAUCUCAAAGUUUCAGAGCCAUCUGGAAAAGACGUUGAACCAAAUCUGUCUCUUGAUUUAAAAACUCAAGUUGCUGAUGUAACUGAAAGUACUCCAGCUUCAUUGGAAUUUUCCAAAGAAAAUGAUGUGCACAAAGAACAUGGCCAUGAGCCUGAACAGGACUUGAAACCACCUUCCCUGGAGGGACUUUCCCUAGAUACUCAGGAUGCUAAAUCUCCAGGUCCUAUCAGUCCCACAGCUUAUGAUUCUGGAGCUCCUGACAAAACUGUUUUGUCAGAUGGAAAUGUGCCAAAGAGUGAAGCUCUGAAAAAUAGUAUGGUAAAUGAAAAUAUGUUAGAGAGUGGUCAGAAUGCUAUUGUUGAUCGUAUUAUAUCCAGCCCAUUGAGCACUCAAGCAACAGCUUCUGCCCAAACUAAUACUGGACAUGUUAGUCCGUCAUCUUCAGCAAGUAAUCAGAGCAGUAUGGCACACACACGUCUACAACCACAGAAACUAGAAAAUAAUGGUAAAAACUGGCAUCAAAAGGGUAGUUCUGACAGAUUUCGCAGAGAUUCCAAAUCUGGGUUUCGUGGGCAUUCACAUAAAAGAAUGCAUAAACAGCUGCAGUCUUCUCCACAACGAAUGCACCCACGAGCUGAAAAAGACAUGAAUCGAGAUUACCCAUCUCAAUCUCAAUUUUCAAAAAAUCUACAAGUUCAGCAAGGUGGCCAACUACAAAGUCAGUAUCCUGCAUCUAAUGUUCAGGCUAAUCAAACAGCAUCGCAAGCUUGGGCAAUGCACAAUCUGCAACAGCAGAAUCUUUCCCACGCUUUUCAGUAUCAACCACUCAUACAUCCUGGUAUGAAUCCUCAAUCGCAAAUGUCUCAGCAUCCCAGCCAAAGUAAUGAGCAACAAGGGAAUGUGCAAAAUAACCAAGCAUAUAACCAGAUGUGGCAAUAUUAUUACAACCAGCAACAGCAGCUUCUUUGGCAACAGCAGCAGUUGCUGCAACAUCAACAGCCGCAACAGCAGCAGCUUUUGCAGCAACAAUAUCAACAGCAGUUGCUGCAAAUGCAAUAUCUUCAGCAACAGCAGCAGCAGCAGCAACAGCAACAAUUGCUGCUGCAACAGCAACAACCCUAUCAAAUGCAGCAACAGCAACAACAACUACAUCAACAACCCUAUCAGCAACAGCAUCUACUUUACCUACAGCAGCAGCAGCUGCAACUACAGCAACCUCAGCACCAGCAGUCACUGCAGCAACAGAAACACCAUCCUCAACAACAAACAUCCUCACCACAGCAGCAUCCUCAUGAUCAAGAAAAAGGACAGUCCAUGCAGCAAACUAAUUCAUCACUGGUUCAGGAUCGAGUUUCAUCGCAACCUGAUACUGAUACCAUUGAAUCUUCUGCUUCUCCUCACCCAGUUUACCCAAAUUGAUGACAUAGCAUUAUGGACAUGCUUAUGCUUAUCAGACAGGAUUAGCUUUGUACAUGCUCAUUGAUUUGCUAAAAGGGAAACCUCUCUGAUAAAAAAGAGAGGGUCCACUAACUAAUAUCUGAUUUAGUGAGCGGUUGGUAAUGCUAUUAGUUUGUUUAUACUGUUAAUUUUCUCAAUCAGUUUCAUGCAUAUACUUUCUAUUGUCAGAAAAA